CAACCAUAUUCUCAUCAUGACUCUAUAAAAUACUAGAGAGUUUAUCCAUAAAGAAUGAUGUAAACCCCCAAAGUAGAGUAAACAUUGAAAUGGCUUUCAAUUUUCUAGUAUUAGCCUCAAUAGGUUAUAUUGAAAUAUUUGUAGCAAUUUUUUUAUUUUUUUUUGUGUUGGCUUUUGGAGGAAAAGGUGAUUUUGGGUGGAAAUGGCCAUUUUUUGGAGAGUUCCCAAGCCUUUUUUACCAUAUAAACACAAUCCACCAAAGCCUUACAAUAUUAUUUUCAAGAAUUGGAGCUACUGCCUUUGUAAAAGGUCCAUGUUUUGCAAAUAUGGACAUUUUAGGGACAGUAGAUCCUAAAAAUGUACAUUAUAUUAUGAGUGCAAAUUUUCAGAAUUUUCAAAAAGGGCCAGGAUUUAAGAAGAUUUUUGAUGUUUUAGGUGAUGGAAUUUUCAAUGCUGACUUUGAUUUGUGGAAGGAUCAAAGGAAAAUUGCUAAAACAUUGAUCACGCAUCAUACAUUUCACAAAUUUUUAGUGAAAACUAGUUGUGACAUGGUGAAAAAUGGACUUGUCCCGGUCCUCGAAUUCAUGGCUAAAGAAGGUAUAGUUUUCGACUUACAAGAUGUUUUUCAAAGAUUCACGUUUGAUACGACUUGUAUAUUAGUGACAGGGUUCGAUCCUGGCUCCCUCUCUGUCGAUCUUAACAACAUUGCUUUCAUGAAAGCAAUGAAUGACAUGGGAGAGGUCAUGGUCAUACGUAAUUUGUUGCCACGAUGUGUUUGGAAGUUGCAAAAAUGGCUUGGAAUUGGGCCUGAAAAGAAAUUACGCGAUGCUAGGGAAGUCAUUGACCGAGUUAUAGGUAAGUAUAUAACAAUGAAACGCGAUGAAUUGAGAGCUAAAGGAAAAAAAUUGAACAAAAAUGAAGAGGAGGAGGGUGUUGAUUUAUUAGCAUCAUACAUAGCUAAUGAUGAUGGAGAAACAAAAACAGGGCUAAUGUUUGAUGACAAAUUCUUGAGGGAUACCAUAUUGAACUUUAUGAUCGCGGGGCGUGACACAACUAGCUCAGGGCUUACAUGGUUCAUCUGGCUAGUUGUGACACACCCCGAGAUUGAGAAGAAAAUAAGGGAAGAACUCAAGUCAAUCAUCUCAUUGGGAGAAGAAGGCGAAAAACCAAGACUUUUUAAGGGGGGCGAAUUCAAAAAUGCAAUAUAUUUGCACGCGGCAUUGUGUGAAUCAUUAAGGCUAUAUCCCCCCGUUCCGUUUCAACUAAAGACUCCACAAGAACCCGAUGUUCUCCCGAGUGGACACCGUGUACAUCCCAAGAUGAGAGUGAUGGUUAUCUUGUACGCGAUGGGGAGGAUGGAAUCGGUAUGGGGAAAAGAUGCAUUGGAGUUCAAGCCAGAGAGAUGGAUUUCGGAACGAGGAACGGUGAAACAUGAGCCAUCUUACAAGUUCUUUUCUUUCAAUGCAGGGCCAAGGGUUUGUUUAGGGAAAGAAGUGGCUUUCACACAAAUGAAAGCUGUGGCUGCUUCUAUUAUCCAUAAUUAUCAUGUUGAAAUGGUGAAAGGCCAUGAGGUUUGUCCUAAUGUAUCUAUUAUCCUCUACAUGAAAAAUGGAUUUAAAGUUAGGAUUAGGAAUAGGUGAACAUAAACAUUUAUGUUUCUCCCUCUUUUCAUUUUCUUUUGAACAGACGGUCAAAAAGACAUUUAAAGUA